AUGGCACCAAGGUUCACGGAAUUUGAAAAAGGGAGGCUCACUAACCCCCACGAGCAGAAGAUUUGGGUUCUCAUCCAGUUCCUUCCACGGAAGUGGAACCUGCGAGGACAAGCAGUGGGGUCAAAUCUCGGUCACAACUGUUUCCAGUUCCGUUUCGAAAGAGAAGAUGACCUUAAAUGGAUCCUCGACAAUAGACCUUACCACUUUGCGUUCUGGAUGGUCAUUCUUCAGAAGUGGGAAUUAGUUAUCUCUCCCUCCUUCCCUUCCCUGAUCCCUUUCUGGAUCAAGAUAAAAGGACUCCCCCUACACUACUGGCACAAAGACAUGAUCUGCAGAGUAGCUCAAGAACUGGGCUUCAGGGAGAGCCCCGAGCUGACAAGGACAACAGCAAGGGUUAGGGUUCUUAUCGAUGGUCUAAAACCCUUGAUUAAAGAAUCCAUCGUCGAGUUUGACUCAGGAGAGGAAAGUGUAAUCACCUUAGAGUAUGAGAAGCUGGAACAACAUUGUUCUUUCUGCUUCUCAUUACUGCACCUGAGGAAAAUCAGCCCUGAAAAAGCAAAAGACGACAUGACUAAGACGAUGUUCUCAUCUACAGCUCUCGCAGAAGGCUAUGGAAAACGGCCUCCACCAAAGAUUACCUCAGAAGAAUAG